AUGGCAAUAGCUGCAGAGCCGGCUGUUGCAGAGAGGCCACCUGUUGCACAGCGGCCAGACAGUGACGGCCGGUUUGGACGCUUUGGAGGCAAAUACGUACCAGAGACAUUGAUUGGCGCUUUGAAAGAGCUGGAGGAGGAGUAUGCGAAGGCUAUGGCUGAUCCUGGUUUCCAGGCAGAGUUCGCGGCCAUCCUGAAGGACUAUGUGGGCCGCGAGUCCCCCCUGUACCAUGCAGAGCGACUGUCCGAGCGAUACAGGAGGCCUGACGGGUCAAGGCCAGAGAUCUACCUGAAGCGGGAGGACCUCAACCACACAGGCGCUCACAAGAUUAACAACUCUCUGGGGCAGGCGCUGCUCUGCCUGCGCAUGAAGAAGCGCCGCAUCAUUGCCGAGACCGGCGCAGGCCAGCACGGUGUUGCUACAGCAACAGUGUGCGCCAAGUUCGGGCUGCCCUGCAUCAUCUACAUGGGAGCCAAGGACAUGGAGAGGCAGGCGCUGAAUGUGUUCAGGAUGCGCCUCCUAGGAGCAGAGGUGCGGCCCGUGCAUUCAGGCACGGCGACGCUGAAGGAUGCCACCAGCGAGGCCAUCAGGGACUGGGUGACUAAUGUGGAGACCACCCACUACAUCCUGGGCAGCGCUGCUGGCCCCCAUCCCUACCCCAUGAUGGUGCGGGACUUCCAGGCAGUGAUCGGAAGGGAGACGAGACGGCAGUGCCAGGCAGCGUUUGGAGGCAAGCCGGACGUGCUACUUGCCUGUGUCGGUGGCGGUUCCAACGCCAUUGGCCUCUUCCAUGAGUUUGUGGACGAUGAGGACAUUCGGAUGAUUGGGAUUGAGGCGGGUGGCGAGGGUGUUGACACAGAGAAGCAUGCAGCCACGCUGACGAAGGGCUCCCCUGGAGUGCUGCACGGCUCAUUCUCCUACCUGCUGCAAGACGAUGAGGGCCAGAUCAUCGACCCCCACUCCAUCAGCGCCGGGCUGGACUACCCAGGCAUUGGCCCAGAGCACAGCUACCUGAAGGACCUGGGCCGUGCAGAGUACUAUGCCGUGACUGAUGCUGAGGCGCUGGAGGCAUUCGUGCUUGUCAGCCGCCUCGAGGGCAUCAUUCCUGCGCUCGAGACCUCCCACGCAUUCGCCUACUUGGAAAAGUUGUGCCCUGAUCUGCCCAAUGGCACUCGCGUGGUCAUCAACCUGAGUGGGAGAGGCGACAAGGAUGUCAACACUGCUGCCAAGUUCCUGGACAUCUCUGGAGAGUAGGCUCGCUCCCGGCCGCAUGAGACCACUGGGAUGCUGAGGGGAAAUGACAGCAGCGCCCUAUAAUCUUCCCUUUUUGGUGCUCAUGAAGCUGAAGCGUGUGGUCGUCAUUUCAUCAAGGCUCCAUGCUGCUUUCCAGCCCAUGUAAUCUGUGGCUCUCGUC